UUUAAUUUAUCCUGCGCCGCCCGCGGAGACACAAACAUAAACGGACCUCUUUGGCUCAGGCUAUGUUCAGUGGUGAUCUGUGAAAGUGGCAAAAUGACUAAUUUUAUAAAUUACACAUUUUAUAUUUUACUACACAUUUACCGUAAAAUUCUUGUUCUGGAGUUAUCGUGUCUUUAAAAUGUACAGUCGACACAGAUACUCGUUAGCUCCCAGGAUGGACUGCACAUAGAUAUUGUGGAAGGAAAGGGGAAAUCUACUAUUAAAAUAAUGAAAUAAUAAUGGUCCCGAGAUAAACUCAGAGAUAAUUAAGAUUGACGAAAAAUUAUGAUUCAGAAUAUUUAUUGAGGACACGAGUGAGAAAGGAUCAUUUUUGUACGUGGGGAUUCAUCACUAACCAGGUCAAGGUGCUGACAAAGAGCACAGAAGUUGACGACCAACAUCUUUCUUCUACGAGCAAGUGAUUAGAACACGGAACAUUCCAGCCAUGUCAGCGGAGAAUUUGAACAGGCCCGUCCACCUGGACGAGGUGCUGGAGAAGCUGGGCGCGUUCGGGCGCCACCAGCUCGCCACCAUGUGUCUGCUGGCGCUGGUCUACGCCACAAACUCCAUGUACAACGUCAACUAUGUCUUCGCCGUUGAGGACGUCAACUACAGGUGCCAGAUCCCCUCGUGCGACAGUACCAAUGCGAGCUUCUUCAGCCCGUGGCUGAACCAGUCGUCCCCAGACGGGAGCGAGGAGUACGUCAAGCAGUGCCGGCGGUACGCCACGGAUGGGUGUGCCACGUUCAACACCAGCGAGGUGGUGGAGUGCAAGGAAUGGGUGUAUGAUGUGCCCGACAGUUUUGUUGCCGAGUUUGGGCUGGCGUGCGAGGAGUGGAAGCCGACCAUGGUGGGCACGGCGCACAACUUCGGCAGCAUGGUGGGGCUGCUGGUGCAGGGACAGAUCUCCGACAGGUUUGGCAGAAAGACAGCUGCCGUGUUCGCGGGCACCAUGGGGGCAGUCUUGGGCUUGACCAAAAGCUUCGCCACUUCUUUCUGGUUCUACGUGGUUUUGGAAGCACUAGAAGCUGCGAUUGGUGAUGCUCUAUCGCCUAUGUUUAUGUUGAGUAUUGAGAUCGUUGAAAAGAAAAAGGCCGUGCUUUUCCAAAUGAUACUUCUCAACUGCUACACGUGCGGACUUAUCGUGAUGCCCUUCAUCUCCUGGGCCGUGCCCUACUGGAGAACCUUCCUCCGAGUCAUCUAUGCGCCCACUCUGGUUAUUUUGACCUACUCCUUCUUCCUUGACGAGAGCAUUCGCUGGCUCUUCAGUAAAGGGAAAAGAGAAAAAGGAAUAAAACUCAUCGAGAAAAUAGCUAAACGUAAUGGUGUUCAAAUCGACAAGCGAAUAUUGAACAGACUGGAGUACAUAGACGAGGAAAAUAAUAAGAACGUUGACGACAAGAAGUUAUUGUUGAAGACGUUCAAGUCGAGGAUAAUGAUGCAGAGGUUCCUGGUGUGCAUGGUGUGGUGGCUGACGGUCACGCUCAUCAACUACGGCAUGAUGAUCAGCGCCGUGUUCAUCGACGGCAACAAGUACGUCAACUUCGCGCUGCUGAUGCUCAUGGACAUCCCGUCCAACGUAUUCUACUGGCUGGCGCUGUCCAAGUACAAGCGGAAGAUGCCGCUGGUGGUGUCGUUCCUCAUUGGAGGAAUCUUCUGUGUUCUACAACCAUUUGUGCCAAAAGGUUACAUGUGGAUACGUCUGUCGCUGAUCAUGGCGUUCGAGACGCUGGCCACGUUCUCGUACAACAUCGUGUACAUGUACACGUCGGAGCUGUUCCCCACCUACACCCGGAACUCCAUGCACGCCAUUUGCUCCUCCGUGGGCCGCCUGGGCUCCUUGCUGGCGCCGCAGACUCCGCUUCUGAUAUCCUACUGGUCUGGUCUCCCGUCGCUGAUCUUCGGCCUGACGUCGCUGCUCUCCGGCGCGCUGACGCUGCUGAUGCCAGAGACGGCCAAGACGGAGCUCCCGGACACGGUGGAGGAGGCCGAGAUGAUCGGCAAGAACACUCUGCAGCCUCUGCUGGACCCGAGUGCGAAUGGGAAGGAAAUUGAACUCAAGUAGAUAGUAUAAAACUUGUAAAAGAAAUGUCUGUAUAUUUAGUUAAUGUUUAAUUAACAAGUUGGAAUGAGUUUAAAAAUAAUAGGUAGGUAUUUAUAAUGAUUGAGAAAAUAAAUUUAAUUUGUAAAUAUCGUGCCAAGUAACUACGAUUGAAACUUUUGCGAGCGUAAUAAAUGUAAUUUUAAUGACAUUUCUCAGGAUAUUUUUAUUAUAAAUGUGGUGUAUUUUAAUAUAAUCUAAUCUUAAAAGUUGAUGUUCGCAUUUCUCGCGACUGUAUUAUUAUGGGAGAAAUAAUAAAACUAUGAAAGCGGUUUUAUCGAUGUAGUAAAUUGGUGGAACACACUCGCUUAUUAUCCACAUCCUUGAGAGCGAGGCGCCUGGUGCGAGGAGUUCCAUAUAAGCACAUCUCGUAUAGAGCAGUCAUCGCCGGCUGCGGUAAUAAAAGUCCGCGCUCAAUACACCUCGAUUAAAUAUUUCAAAGAACUUCCAUCUUAUAUUUACAGAUUUUUUUAUAUUUAAAAUUAAGCAAAAAUAUUCUGA